GCUGUCAUCGUCGUCGGGAACGACGCCCUCCCUCCUUCUGCUGCCAUGUACGCCUCGCACAGGGACUACGAUUCGCCGCCACCGACGUCUCAAUUUCGACGGCCGUGGUCUCCUGAACCUUUCGACCCGAAUCCACGGACUGACCUCUAUGAUUCGGAAGUGAACUAUUCUCGGUUCCCGACAUACAACCUGUCGACACAGAGGAGGGAGCCCAGCGUAGAGGCAUUGGACUUGGCAGACUAUGCUGCGACGCUGCGCAGACAGCCAGAUUACGACUAUAAUGAUGAUCCGCACGAUUACGACUAUGAUUCUUCUAUUCAUCGGGGAGUACCCAGCCUUGUGUCUCGAGGGGAGACGCUCUCGUCCAAUUCGCACAACAAUGGUUCUAGAUUUCGUGCAUUUUCUUUACCACCACCACCACCGACACAACCUCGCAUCGCAGACUCUGACCACGACAUUGACACCUCCCGCUUUCCGGCCUUCACUCGACACUGGUACACCGCUCCACCGUUGAAUUCUCUGCCAUUUGACGAAGACCCUUACACUCUACCUCCGAAGCGAAUAUCACACACAGGGACACCUUUCGACCCAGGCCACACCUACAACUCUUUCCCGACACAUUCUAUUCAUCAUUCCACACAAUAUACUGGCUCAAAUGCUCUUCCUUGGUCAUCUGAUCCGGAUCCCCCGUCGUACCUCGACCCGUCUCUCAAAGAAGAGCGCAUACGAAUGCUUGAGAGGGAAUUUGCGACUACCCCGAAUACUGCGCAGCAGGGAGAGGAGAAACCACAGAUUGGUAUGGCAGACGGGAAAGGGAAUCUGAUUACCCAAGGGCCGAGGAAACGUACGGCAACGAGGGGUUUUCAGGUGCUGCUGUCCCUGGCUGCUGGUAUCCCGGGGAUAUAUGCUGCUGUGGCCAUAAAAACGAAGGGGACACCUCCGCCAGCGGGCACACCAGCUGCGUACGCUCUUUACAUUACCUCCGUCGUGACAUUUCUGCUUCUCUUCGGUUUGUUCAUCGUGCGUCCGUGCGUCAAGCGACCGAAGAAGGAGCAAAGUGCCCCUGGAGUUAAUGGAGUGAUGGUGCUACCUGUAGGCGACAAUAACAAGAAAAAGAAGAAAAAGAAAGGGAAGAAGGGAGGUCCCGCGUCGCAAGAUGUCCAGGUUAACCUUAUCGUUGACCCGACGAUGUUUCGACCACCCCAAGAGGAGGCUUCUGAUUCAGAAGACGACGCUACACGGUGGGACGGGUCGACCUCCUCGUCACGCCGCAAGAAGAACGCAAAACCUGCUCGGAGGAGCGUGUUUGCUGGGCUUCAUAUGGAGGCUGAAUGGCGGCGAGCGCGGACCUGGGCUAAGAAAGUUGCCGUGAUCGACGUCUUUGGACUUAUCAUAUGGAGUGCCGUGUUCGUGGUUGUACUGUUGGGCAAGAGGUGUCCAAGUGGUGAUUACGAAGGGUGGUGCAAUGCGUACAACGUAUCCAGCGCUGCUGCCUGUUUGUUAUGUUUGGCGUUUGGCGUAAGUGUCUUUUUCGACAUCAAGGAUUUGCAUGCGAGUAAGGUUUCCCCGAGGACGAGAUGACUUUUCAUGACGUUAUGUUUACGAUUUUUUUGCUUGACUUAUUGGUUCAUUUCUUUUGGUUGUGUUUCAUUGCAGACACAUUUACGGACUUAAUGACUACUCACGCACGCAUAUAUAUCACACUUUAUUCUUAAUAUUAUCAAGACUGUAACAAAGUUC